AUGGCAGAUCGCACUUCCACCCCUGGUUCCUCCGGUCUGACUCUACUUGGGAGCACCAGUGGCCUGUUCCCCGUAUCGUCCCCCAGUCAGAGUGAAGACGGUGUGGUUUCCUUUAACCACCUACGACCUUUCCAAGUCACCAUGAUCGCAAUCGGUGGUGCGAUCAAUACCGGCUUGAUGAUAGGGGCCGGGAACGCUCUUGCAAAAUACUGGCUAAAGUUCAUCGUUAUCACCCCGAAUCGGCUGACCGCAGCGGCGCUCGUGGCUUCCUACUGGGUCGAUGCGGAGACACUCAAUCCGGGGAUAUGGAUCGCUAUCUUCCUCACAGUGAUCAUUGUUGCCAACUACUGGGGAAGUCGGUUUUUCGGUCAAUACGAGUUCAUCUUGUCGACGUUCAAGAUCGUAGUGGUGUUGGGACUCCUGAUACUAUCCCUGGUCCUGGCCCUAGGCGGAGGCCCGGACCACGACCGGAAGGGGUUCAGAUACUGGAAAAAUCACGGCGCCUUUGCGGGAGAGCGGACGCAUAUCGGACGGCUUCGGGCUAUCUGCAAGACCAUGCCCUCUGCGACCUUCACGUAUAGUGGCAGCGAGCUCAUCGGGGUGAGCAUCCUGCACAGUCACAACCCGCGACGGGCUGCGGCCCGCGCAAUCCAGCUUACCUUCUACCGAAUCCUCGUCUUGAACCUCGUUGGGAUCAUCCUGCUUGGGAUGCUCGUGCCGUACAAUCUGGACGACUUGGCCAUCACCUCCACGGAUAAAGUCACGACCGCCUCGGUGUUUGUUGUAGCCGUGCAGGGCGCCCACGCCGCCGUGCUCCUACAUUUUCUCAAUGCAUGCCUACUGCUCUUUGUCCUGUCAUCUGCGAACCAGGCGCUAUGGGUAGCCACUCGAAUCUUCCACGGGCUCGCUAUAGACCACCACGCCCCGGCUCUUCUAUCGCAGACUGGCUUCACCGGGACCCCCAUCGUCGCCCUGGGAGUGUGCUCGGUUCUUUCAUCUCUCUCCUGUCUAAAUAUCUCAGGCGAUUCGCGAACCUUUUUCGACCAAUUCGUCAACAUGAGCACCAUGUUCAGCCUCCUAGCCUGGAUCUCCAUCCUCGUCACGCAUCUAGCCUUCCUGCGGGCGCGCAAGGCCCAAAGCGUCCCCGACAAGGCGCUUGCCUUCAAAGCGCCCCUGGGAGCAGUCGGUUCGGCGGUCGCCCUGGCCUUCUGCGUCCUGAUUAUUGUCAUCCGAUCAUUUGAUAUCGUUGACCCCGGGGCCUCAAUCCGCCGGUUCGAUUACAUUGCUUUCCUCACUUCGUACCUUGCUAUCCCGCUGUAUGUGUGUUUGAUCGUGGGGUAUAAGGGGUUCACCCGGUGCGCGAGCGUCAGUCCGUCGGAUGUGGAUUUGGGGGUGGUUAAGGAUGAGACGGAUGGUUCUGAGGAUGUCAUUGUCCAGUGUGCUCAGGAUGUCUCCUGUACCCGUAUCCACCAAGGCGAGAAGCCCAGUCGACGAUCCUGGCCACGAGCGAGGUUUCAAGGAUAG